AUGAGUCUAAACUCUUCUAGUAGCGGAAGUGGAAGCGGUGGUGGAAGCAGUGGUAGUAGCAGCCCUUGUGGUGCUUGCAAGUUCUUGAGAAGGAAGUGUGUGCAAGGGUGCAUCUUUGCUCCAUACUUCGAUUCUGAACAAGGUACAACCCAUUUUGCGGCGGUGCACAAGGUGUUCGGAGCAAGCAACGUGUCCAAGCUCCUCCUUAAUGUUCCGGUGCACCGGAGGCCCGAUGCGGUGGUCACCAUUUGUUAUGAAGCACAGUCACGGCUGAGAGAUCCUGUGUAUGGUUGUGUUGCUCAUAUCUUUGCCCUUCAGCAACAGGUGAUGAGUUUACAAGCAGAACUAUCCUACUUACAAGGUCACCUUACCACAUUGGAGGCACCCCAACAACCACCACCUCAUUCACCGCAGCUUGCGGUGGCACAACCGAUUUUUUCAAUUGCCGACUUACCGUCCGCCACCGCGGUGGCUAUGCCGGCCACCUAUGAUGUAACUUCACUUUUUGAUCCAAUGGGCCAAACUUCAUGGGCCAUGCAGCAAAGGGCCAUGGACCCACGUCAAUAUUUGGGUGCUGCACCAUCAAGCACAAGUGGUGAUCUUCAUCUUCAUGGAGUGGCACGUGAGCUUUCACAUAGACAUGGUUCUCCACCUCCACCUCAUGCACCAUCCUCCAAUGCCUCUUCAUCUCUGUCGCUUUCUAAAUGA